UUCAAGGCACCGGAAUUAUCCGCACUCGCAUUCCGUGGCACUCCUUUUAUUGUUCUGCUCUCUGUCUCUUGUCGCUCUGUGCAGAGGGCGAUGGCGGCAUCCCUUCUCCUCUGCCGUCCCGCCAUCCCUUUAUUCGCGGCUAAAAUCUCAAAUCAAUCUCCUCUUUUCUCCUUCAGUACCCCCAAAACCCUGAGACCGUUGCCGGAGUACCGGACAUGUCGCUGUCCGACGACUGUCUCCUUAUUCAGGCCGGAAAAAUUUCGCGGUUACUGGUGGAGGCGACCGGCGGGAACUUCUCUCGGCGAGGCGGAAGAGAAGGAGACAUCAGCUGCCAUCAUCGGCGAGGAUUCCGCUGACUUUGAACUGGACCAACAGAAGCUGUCGUCCUGGGUCGCUUUCACUGUGAUUCUGGGGGUUGUCCUCGCCGCUCUGAAUGUCCUCUGGAUUGACCCUUCGAGCGGGUUCGGCAAGUACUUCAUUAGUGCCGUAUCUCGGAUUUCGGAGAGUGAUGAGGUCGUAAUGCUGCUUCUGGUUUUCAUUUUUGCUGCUGUCCACAGUGGAAUGGCAAGCUUCCGAGAUGCAGGCGAGAAGCUCAUAGGAGAGCGUAGUUAUCGCGUUCUGUUUGCAGGAAUUUCUCUUCCCUUGGCAGUUAGCACAGUUGUAUACUUCAUCAACCAUAGAUAUGAUGGAGUGCAGUUGUGGAAUGUUCAGAGUAUCCCUGGCGUCCAUCAGUUAGUAUGGUUGUCAUCUUUCCUGUCGUUUUUCUUUCUUUACCCUUCAACUUUUAAUCUAUUGGAAGUGGCAGCAGUUGAUAAGCCAAAAAUGCAUCUGUGGGAAACUGGGAUUAUGCGAAUCACCAGGCAUCCUCAGAUGGUAGGGCAAGUGGUCUGGUGCAUGGCGCACACACUGUGGAUUGGAAACUCGGUGGCCUUGGCUGCUUCGGUAGGAUUAAUUGCUCACCAUCUGUUUGGUGUCUGGAAUGGUGAUAGAAGAUUGGCUGCACGGUAUGGUGAAGCUUUUGAUGUUGUGAAAAGCCGCACCAGCAUCCUCCCUUUUGCUGCAAUAGUAGAUGGCCGCCAAAAGCUGCCAAAAGAUUACUACAAGGAGUUUCUUAGGUUGCCAUACUUGACACUUACUGCAGUAACAUUGGGUGCCUAUUUUGCUCAUCCUCUUAUGCAGGCAGCAAGUUUUGGGCUUCAUUGGUAGCUUAAUAUAGGGACUAGGGUUGAACGCGUUAUUCCUGGUACAAAUCUUACGGAGCAUAAACAAGAAGGUUACAGUUUAACCAUUCCAUAGGUUGGCAAACACGUGCACCUGCUUGUAGCUACUAAUUUUUAGAACUUGAUGUAAUCAAUUAUUGAAAUUGUAUUUGUCA